GUUUCAAAAUGGAGUUGUCUGAGUCGGUGCAGAAAGGGCUGCAGUCUCUAGCAGACCCGUCGCUUUUCGACCUGAAGACCUCCUCUGUGUUGAUAUCUGCCACCACCUGCAUACUGGAGGGGGUCAAACAAAACGUGGACAAAUCCACUAUAAGUAGCUAUCAGCAAACUUGUGCCUGGAGGAUGUUAGGUUUGAUGCGAAGAGAACAUAUCACAUACCAGUAUAGGGAGAUGCCCUCCUCAUAUCAACGACGUGUCAUGGCGCCUGGUGUUAUCAAGAACGGGCAUGUGCAUAAGGUCAACGAGCCGUCCUAUCUGAUUUCAUUAAACGUUGAGAAUAUCAAUAACGGAGGAUCGUCGGAAGAAGUCCAUUUUUGCUGUACUAUGGAACAACUUCAAAUAGCUAAUGUUUUGUUGCAGCCUAUAUAGAAUGUGGGGUUCACCAUUAGUUGAAUAGGGUAAUUUCACAGAAAGUCUGUUUUACAUGCACUCUUGAACGUGGCAAUUGAUUUAAAUAGAUAGCCUACACUGUAUUUCCCAAAUCAGCAUACUUUACAGAUCGGUAUAUAAUUAUUGGCUAGCUGUUAGGUCCACGUGAAUGAGUACAAAUAAAGUCAUGUUAGUUCUAUUUGAUGUUUGUUAAAUGAUUAUUAAACUUUUUCUUGAAUAGCAUGUCUUUCAACAGUGUUCUGUGUUUUAGAUGUACUUCUGCCACAUUGAGCAGAGAUUAAAAACUGACUUUGCAAAUAGCUCCAGUGUAUUUUAAUCUAUGUGCAGUAAUCUCAUUCAAUAGUGUUCUGCAGACUCAUUUUUUUUACACAUUUGUUAAACAACUUUAAAAAAUAAAUUAACAGAAAAAGAG